AUGAGGCUCGACGAGCUUCAGCUCUACAUUCUCGGCUGCGACUACAUGGCGGUCUCGGCGUUGAUAUCGCAGCUUGACAGCAACUAUAUUGUCCUGUCGAUGGAGCGGCGCACACAGCUAUGCCGUGUCCUGUUCGAGCUUAUCACCACGCAAUCUCUCGAUGCGACGCUCUUCAACAAGUGCUGCACUAUACUAUCCCGUGUGCUCAGCAAAGAUCUGACGCUGGCAUGGCGCCCCAUGUAUGACCUGGCGCGGUCGAUGGCGUUUCCCAAAGUGUGGCAGGACGGCAUCAUGCAGCGUAGAUCAAAGCUCAAGUGUCUGAUUGAGCUGAUUCGCGCCGCCAACCACCUGUUUGAGUCCUCGGCGGUCGUGGAGAUCCUGGACGAGAUCCUGCCCCAGCUGCAGUUCAACUCGCUUGACUGGCAGGUCCCCAUCGUCCAGCUCCUGCUGCUGUUUGUGCCCACGCGCUAUCAGGAGGCCGAAACCGGGACACCGGCCAGCCCCGAAAACUGGCUGCCAACGGUGUUUUCGCUCUUUAUGACGCUGGUGUCGUGGCUGGCAGCCGAGCAACAGGGCCACCUGACCUUUACCGACGACCAGCUGCGGCUAGUGUUUGCCAGUGGGCUGCACUUCUUCAACCUCCCGAUCGCACAUGACAUGGCGGCGUUGCCGCGCAACGUGAUGACCGUGUUCACUGACACAUCGCGCUUCUAUCGCUUCCCGCCGCCCAACGGCGCUCUGCCCAUGAGCGAGGAAAAGGCACAUUCGUUCUCGCGCUUUAUUGUCUACACCAUCCACGAGCAGAGCGGCACACUGGAGCAGUUUGAGCAGCUGGUACAGAUGAUCGAGCCGUUUUUCCACCCGUCCAACUACGGCAAAUGGAGCAGCUCCCUGUCGCGCUUCCUGACGCGCGUGCGCGACGAAGAGGCCGACAACUGCGAGACUCCGGAAAACAUGCGUCUGACCCGCCCGCUGCGCCGCCGCUUUACUGUUUCCGUGCGUGCGCUAGCCAUGCUGCUAUUGUUCUCCAAGAGCGAGGAUGUUGUCAGCUUGAGCCACUCGACGCUCCGAUAUCUGGCCCAGGUUGAGCCCAACCUGAUCUUCCCCCCGCUGUUUGACACGCUGUACACAGCUGUUGAUUCGGUCACUGAGACACACCGUAUGAUUUCAGCCAUGCGCGCGCUGGCCAAGCUGGCGUCCACACUGUCUACGUUCGAGCUGUACCCUGAGGGCGCCCACCACGUCGCGCCGCUGCUGGCGCUGACUCUGCCUGGAAUCGACGUCAACGACACAACAAAGACGUGGUUCACGCUGACGUUCAUUUGCAACCUGUGUUUGAAUGGGGUUAUUUUCGAAGAGCUGCCACCAGCGACCGGCGAUCUCCCUGCCAUUGCUGACUCGGAGACAACAUCGGUGAAUGAGCCAGACGAUGUUGAACAGGUGCCUGUGGCCAACAUGGAGCAGGUCGAGUGGCUGACUCGCGUUAGCACCGCCCAGUUCGAAACAUGGAUCGACCAGUACCUGCGGCGCGUCUUCGCCCUGGUCGACAACCUGUCCAGCAGCCUGGACAGCGGCAGCGAUUCCACGGGUUCGUCUGACCUGGGGCUCAAGGCCAUGGUUGCGCACACGACCGAGGCUGUGCUGCUCCAGUGCAGCGAGCGCUACUACCCAAUGGUGACCCGCCUGAUCACCAACUUCGUGUCGAGCAUCACCAGCCUCUCGGCUGUUGACAGCGUGUGCAAGAUCGUCUAUGCCUUCGCCAACGCUAUCCCGGAGCAGGCACUGAAGAGCCUGAUGCCCAUGUGCUGUGAGCGGAUCACCGAGGAGAUUGAGAAUGGGGUUGGCAGCACGCCGUCGCUGAGCACACGCUCCAGAGCCCAUUCCGAAACCACGCUGACCUGGUUCCUGUCGGUGCUUUCGGUGCUAGUCGAGUGCCAGAAUGGCAUGUACCUGCUCCCGUACCGCGCCGACAUCAAGCGCGUGGUCCAGCUGGUUCUCAGCGAAUGCAUGUCGCGCCCAAUCUACAGCAUUGGCUCGCGAAUCCUGUACAAUGCCAUGGUGCGGCUGACGACGCUCUAUCCGGAGCGCGGCCGCAGCGUCUCAGACAAGGUGUGGAACGACCCUGAGUUCCACGACAACCACUACAAGUACUGGGGCAAGCACUUGGCGGUCGAGGACGAGUCAUUCGAGAUGAAGUGGCAUCAGCCGACGAACGAGGAGAUUGAAUUUGCCAUGGAGCUGCUGCGGGACAUUGCGAUCCCACAGAUCGACAUGCUUAACCGCUUUAUCGACGAGGCUGCCAAUCCAGGCACAAAGGAGUCUGACGAUCAGGACAACGUGCAUCUGAACCGCAUUCUGACCACCCUGCGCCAAGCCCUGCGCUGCAUUGGCACGCUGAUCCCCCCACCCAACGAGCAGGAUGCCAAUGAUGGCGACAGCAUGGCUGCUGACGACGGCUUUAGUCCCAAGACGUCUGCUGAGGCUAUCAUUGAGAGCGACACUGCCAGCAGCAUGCCGCCGCAAUACCGGAUCAACCGCCCCAUCGAGGCGGGGUACUGCUUCGCCGAUCGUGCCAGCGCCGAGUACAAGGAGAUCUCGCAGAUUCGCCUCUCCAUUGGCCAGGCAGCAGCCCGGACACUGGAUUUCAUGGCGGCGAAGCGCGAGGAUGACGUCGAGAACAUCAAGAGCCUGGUAAAGCUCGCCAGCAUCUUCAUCGGCGACCACGGCUCUGACCGUGGCACGUUUAUUAGCCUGCGCAAGGCAUGGAGCUUCGGCAUCGAUAGCUUCUACAUUGACAGCCGCCAGAGCAACAUUCCGCGGUACUUUGCUGGAAAGCGCCUGGUGUUCACGCAGAGCGCUCGGCUCCUGCACAAUGCGCGAUUCAAGCCCAACACUGUGCUGUACCGCACAAUCACCAGCUCGCUUGCCGGAUUCUGUCUGUCGCCGUAUGCUGAGAUCCGUAACCACGCUGUCUCAGCCAUUGACAACGUCUGCUCGCUGAUCCCGGCGCUAAAGUACCCGCUAAUCCCGCGCUUCUUGGCUGAGCUCGAGGACAACGAAAACAGCGACUCGGACAAGAUGAUCGGUGCCCUGCGCCUGUUUGCCACGUCGCCGAUCCACAGCACAUGCGGCCGCGACUGGCACUACCUGCCCAAGGUCAUUCUGGCCCUGUGUCGGGCACAGCACGAAGACAAGCCGCAGGUCAAGGAGCUGAUCCGCAAGACGGCCUUCGGGCAGAUCACCAAUGCCAUUGCACCGUCGCCGAUCGAGGAACCCACAGAAAGCGUGCGCGAGAUCGUCUGUCGCCUGGCACCCACCGAGGACAUGGCAGGCGACAUUGCCGAGCUGAAGAAGCAGUGCGAGGAGAAAUACGCCUUUGCAGUGGCCGAGCACGCCAAGGUCACCACUGCGCUGGUCGAGAUUCUGCGCGACGCGGGUACUACCUGGCGCUUUGCAGCGCUGUCCAGCUAUUUCCUGGACCAGCUUGUCAGCAUGACCCUGGCCCUGGAUCCCGAGAUGGCAAGCACGCUAGCAAACAAUCUGACGUCGGACCUGGUUCUGUUCCGCGAGAGUGCCAUGAUCAGCCUGUCGUCGUUUAUCAGCAAGCUCAAGCACAAGUGCAAGGAGCACUGCAGUGACCUGUCGAUUAGCAGCGGCUUUGACUUUGCUGGAUACGCGACAUUGACGAAACGCGCCAUCGAUGGCGAUGAGGCUGCACUCAAUGCACCGUACAUCGACAAUCCAUCGACUGGCUGGUACGCGUGGCCCAAGGCGGCCAAGGCGUAUGUGAGUCCUCCGACCACUGCCAAGCGCGCCUUUGACAAGAUCGACCCGGAGUCGCUGCCGGCGUACCAGGCUAUCCGCGAUGUUAUAUUCGCCAAAGGAAAAUGGGACAGCAUUGCGCAGUGGUACUCGCAGGAGAGCAUGCAGCCUGACGACGACUACUUUGGAGUGUCCAAGGCGAACCUGUACAUGCAGCUGUUCUCGCUGUUCGAGGAAGAGGUGUUUGACCAGGCGUGGCCCGUCAUCGAGAGACUAGCCAUGGACACCGAGAAGCAGAGCUCGCAGCGGGCAGCCUCGGAGAUGGUGUCUGGAAUGCUGCGCGGUGCGAAGCACUGGUCAAAGGAGGCACUGUCGCGCAUGUGGACCUCGCUCAUCCCUGUGAUGUCAACCGUUUUCUCCAAGCUCCGGCCCGACACGGUCCGGUUCUGGCAGACCGGUCUGCAGUAUGUGUUUGCGCGCCGCGACCCGCGGCGGUUUGUGCCGCUGAUCCACCUGCUGCUGUACGGAAAUCCGUUCGACCCCACGUCCGAAGCAACGUUCAUUGAAGCGACCAAGCUCGAUCUGCUGCGUACCAUGGUCAACAGCUGGGAUUGGCGCAUUGCGCCGGCCAUCAUCGCCAGCAAUGUGCGGCUGAUGGAUGCCCUGGCACACCCAUACAAGCAGGUGCGCGACUCUGCCGGCGUUCUGAUGUACAUCAUGGCCUCGGCGGAGUUUUCGCCGUCGUAUUCCAGCGUUGCUGAGGCGCUGGCUGACAGUCUGCAGCACGGUAGCACGGGCCGCGAUUUCUCGCGCUGGACAGGCACGCCAGGAACGGUGGCAAUGAUCGAGGAGAUCCGCAACCAGAUCCUUAGAUGGCACGUUGAGCAUAAGCCGUCGAGCGAGGGCACGUCAAACUACAGCCGCGGUAGCAAGACGCUGCUAAACUUCUUGGUUGCUGGGUUCACGUACUGCAGCCGCCGGAUUACGCUCUCGCAUGUGCCGACAUUCCUGCCCUUGCUGGCAACCAUGCAGGACCAAAACGACGAUGAGGACAUGUCGCGACUAGCCAAGAUCAUCAUGCAGUUUACGUCGCAGGUCCUGUAUACAUCGACUGUCGUUGAAGACGUGGCCAAGGACAUUCUGACGCUUCUGACGGACUCGCCCAACAGCUGGCACACGAUCACGAAGACCCUGCCGCUGAUCUGCACCCUGACGUUCUCGAACCGGUUUGUGCUGUCGCGCGAGAUGCGUGCCAGCCUGAUGGACUCGACGUCGUCGUUCCUGGUCCACGACCAGGUCGAGGUGCGCCAGACCGCGGCUAAAUCGCUGACCAGCCUGAUCAAGUGUGCCAGCGGCAAUGUGAUCCUGGAUAUCAACGAGCAGUUUUCAAAGAAGCUGGCCAAGCGCCUGCCGCGCAACAGGCGGAAUCUGAAGAACGUGCCCAAGUACACCCAGCUGGUCCUGACACGCCAUGCGGGUGUCCUGGGCCUGUCGUGCCUGGUCCUGGCCUUCCCGUACACGAUCCCCGAGUGGCUGCCCAACGUACUGGUCACGCUGGCAGAGUGCAUCGAUGACCCAAACCCGAUUCAAAGCACGGUUCAGCACACGUUUGCCGAGUUCCGUCGCACGCAUAUGGAUACGUGGCACGAGGAUAGGAAAAAGUUCACCAGCGAGCAGCUUGAGCUGCUGACCGACAUGCUUGUCUCUCCUUGCUACUACGCAUAA